CCGCACAACCAACGUCCGCUCCAGCAUUCAUUUACAUUGCACUGCCUUACGAGCCCCGACGAGUUCCCUUUGUUCCAUUUGCAUUGCCACUAACAACCCCGGGGCUGGCCUCUACUCUAAUCACUAUUCAUAAUUUGCCUUUCGCUCCUGUCCAGUCCUUUUGCUCUGGUAGCAAUUCUCAAUUCACAAUGUUCCACCGUCAAACAACGCCGCCGUCCGCCACCUUCAAUUACAUUCCGGGCAGUGUCGGUUCCUCGACCGACGGAGCUUUCUACUCGCACGACUCCUCGCCUGACUCCGUCAACACCUCAUCUACCACUCCACCAAGGUCCCCCAUCAGACAACAUGGACCACUUCUUCUUCCCAAGGUCCGAACUCAAGACCAGAUCCCCGAACCUACUGGUGGUCCAGUUAGACAUCGCAGGACGACGUCUAGCUCUAGCAACGGUUAUGCCUCGGCCUACGGCCCUUACUCCCGUCCUAACUCCAUGAUCCGUCGAGGAUCAAGUCCCUACAGUCACAGCGCCCUCACAUCUCCUAUCUCUCAAUCUUCGUAUGAUAUGGGGCUCACCUCGACUCUGAACUCUCCCAUCUCAUUCUCUUCCAAUGAACCUCGUCGCGCAUCCGUUGCUCACUCUCGUUCUCACUCUGCGAAUGGCCUUCGUGGCCAUUCUCGCUCUGGCUCUGCUGGUAGCAUCGAUGAGUCGGUUAUUAGCCGUUUCGGCUUCCCUACCUACCGUCAGCUUCCCAACUAUGUCACGGCUUCAAGCACUGCCCAGCCCAGCUUGAACGUCGUCACCACCUCUCUCUCCAAUGCCCUUCCCACCACCUACCCUCAGGUACAGGAUAUUUCUCAGUACACCACGACUACUGCUCAGGACUUCAGCAUUCCCGAGUUUGAGCCAGCACCAGCUGUUCAGUAUCCCAUCGCAUCGGAGCUCAGCUUCGAUGUCUUUGAGAAUGCCUCUACUUCUUCUCUUCUUGAAUACCUUACCUGCCCCAACCCUUCCCCAGCCCUCGUUCGCCGUGUCACAAGCGUGGGUCGUGGUAUGCACAGCCACUUCUGGUGGGACAUCCGCAACAUCCGCCAAUGGGCCGACUUCAACAUGUCUAGCGUCACCUCUAUCCCGGGUGUGCUUCCCCUGCUCGAAGUCCCUGUUCCUACCUCCUGGCUUCCCGAAAUCGGCCGCCCCAAUCUCCAGCCGGAGAAUGAGGCUGCGCUGCACGACAUCUGCAACAACUACUACGCCACCAAAGUCAAUGCCGCCCUCAAGAUAGCCCAAGGCAGCACGCACAUGAUGAUGCGGGCUUGCAAGCCCAUUCCCGGGAUACGGCAACAACCUGAAUUCGUCUCGAACUACCAAUCUGACUACGAAAAGACCAUCUACGGUGACAGCCGGGGACGCGUCGUCGGACUCGUCAAAGUGUACGACCAAUGGAACACGGGAAUGCGCGGCGAGAGCCCCCCCAAACAAGUCCUAUACCUUCAGGGCCUUGCUCAUCUCCACCGCGUGAUGCGCGAACACGGCUGCCGCUACGGCUUCAUCAUGACGGAAAUUGAGUUGCUCUGCGUACGCUGCGGCGGCCCCUCGGACGCCGCAACAGUGGACCCCACUACCGUCAACGCGCAAACCGGUAUCCCCAUCUACGGCUACCUUGAGGUUUCCGCCCCCAUCCGUCUCUCGACGCACGGCAUGCACCCCGAGACCGGCGCUAUCCAAAUGACCGCUGGAAUCGCUCUCUGGUAUCUCCAUAUGCUCGCUAAAGAGAGCCCGUUCGAGGGAAUGGGUACCUGGCGCAUGGAGGUCGGAGGUCCGGCGGCGUUGACGAGGCAGAAUUACCUCGAGAAAGAUAGCUGGAUUCCGAAGCCGAAUCUAAGUGAGAAGCGUGAGGCGAAGAGGGUCCGGGGAUGGGUUUUCCCCGAUGAGCCUUUGAGUAAGAGGGAGUGUGGUCGUGGGAAGAGGGCUAAGAGUCAGGGUUGAGUUAAUCGGACUGCGUGACUAUCGACCUGUUCAUUCAGUCAUGAUUCAUGAUAGAGAGAGAGAAUACGGAUGCAUACCUCGGUCUGUAUAAGCAUAUUGGAAUCGGGGGUACAUCGCUUGUAAUAUUCGAGGUUAUUGCCUCGCUGGCCAAAAGGGCAUUGGAUGGGUUUGAGCUUUUGUACGGCCGCCGGUACGGCCUCAUAGCGUUUCCAAUUUCCUUACGUCUUCUCUCUCUUAUCUCCUUUCUUCUAGUUAUCUUCAAACAUUGUUGGCGUUUGAGCGGUAAUCGUCAUUUCUAGGUGUCUUUUGUCUUUGCGCACGCACAGCAUUGCUAGGUGUUUUGGUCUAUUCCGACCUAUAGUACUGAAUAGAAAGGUAUUCCUUCAA